CUGCAGAGUCUCUCUGCAUACUUACCAAACACAGCUCCGCCAUGAAGUGGCCUGGCGGGAGCAUAUCCUGGACCGUUUGCAUAAUUUCGAGAACGUCUCCCCUAAAGAUAUAAUUCGGGCUCCAGACGAGGCGCCCGUUGACAACCAACCAUCCUUUGAUCUAUCUUCUGGUUCAUUGCUAUCUGCCUCUGCAGAAGGAAGACAUUCAGACCCUGAUGUUAAUUUUUUGCGCUUAGAAACGAAGAAAUUGGAGGACGAAGAACUAACAGCUUCUUCGGCCAAGUUUGAUGAUCUCCUUGACGAGAUCAUACACCACUACGCUCCACCUCUCUGGAUCUUUCUGAAUUCGGUUGAGAUCACCACCUCGGCUUCUCGGAAGCCUUAUCGACUCCCUCCUGAAAUGCCUAGUGAUCUCGAGCUUAGUUUGCGCCGCAUCAUGUUCCAAAGGACAAUAAAUGAAAGCCGUUUGGCCCUCAGGACUUUUCUAACCCCAGCCUCUACUUCGUUGGUUGAUCUCUUGAAUCGGCUUAAGCAGAUUCAUGAUUCAUUGUUGAGCUGGCAUUCUCGCCUUCUUGAAGCCAGCAAGCGAGAGGAUGCCAUUUUCGGUGAUUUGUGUACAUGCGGACAGAAAGCAAAGCAAGUCGACAAUCAGAGACAUGUCAGGUUUGGAAAUACAUGUCCAUGCACUGAACAUACUACUCAACACCUCCCAAUGGAUGUAGGAGAGAGCAUUUCAGGAAGUUUACAGAAUCCUAUUAAUGCUGGGGAGGAAAAUCAAGUGGCCCUUUUCCGAGAAUGUUCGAGCCCUGUCGCUAGGAGAACCGAGUGUACUGGCCUGAUAUACUGCGGGUUGAGCUCACUCGAGGAAGAUGCAUAUGUCAAUUUGGAGACCGACAUCGAAUCAUACAAUCAUCUUCGGCUGAUCUGGCAGCUGCAUGAUCAUCUGGAUAGUCUGUUGCUAAGGCGGACACGCAUGCAUCAAAUGGUGGCUGCACGCAAUAGUGGAAAUUAUCCAGUUUGGGAGCACACUUUUGCUGAGUUGACGGCGCAGGAGACAGCACCGUCUUCUGCUAUCGCUCCUCUCUAUUUCUCAUCCUUCGGGAUCAAAAGAUUUAUUUCCUACGGACUUUCGUUUGAGGAGUCCACAACCCCUCCUUCAGUAGACCAGAUUGCUUCAUCACUUCCUGAAGAUCCCAUUACUCCGUAUUCGCAGACGGCCAUUUCGUCAGAAGAUCCGGUGGAUGAGUUGUGCGAGAUGGUUAUCCGAGCUCUCAUCCCUCACGAUCAGCGUUGCCUGGAGCCCUGCGCUCUAGACGUCGACGAUUGUCGGACUCUUGGUUCUGACAUUUCUUGCUUCAGCGACCUAGAAGGACAGUCUCAGCCUGAAGAAGACAGCGAUCCAAGUUGGCGGUAUCUGGAAGUUGAGACUGAUCAUUCUGAAUUCCGAAAGGACGAUAUUUUGAGCGAAGCAAGCUGCAAGUCUGCUUUUUCAAAACAACUGCUGCCACGGGACAAACCUUCAGAACCUUUAUGUGCCCUGAGUCUUGAUCCUUCGGACCUCGACGGCUUCAUCAACACCUUUGAGGCCUGGCUUGAUUCAGCCAAAUUCCCUUCAAUCCGAUCUGCGAGCAAUAUUGGCGAAGCAAGCAUUGACUCAUCCAAUCAACGAGGGCAUGCACAUCUUGCCAUUAAUCAGAUGAACUUCAGUUCCGACUUAGCAAUGAGGCUGCAUCAUCUAGACCUCCUUGAACAGCAUCUCCUCGAGACCAUGGCAUGCCAGACCAUGCUUGGCAAUGACUCUCUUGAUGCCACAUUGCCUCAACGCCCUCAUUCUGUGUAUCAUCUUUCUUGCAACCUCCCGCCAAGCUGCAGAGCACAAGGCGCUUUUCUAAAACGGAUACAAACAAUUCGUCGGCGCGUGGAACAGUUAUUCGAAACAGAUCUGCUCGACUCUGAGGCACCUGUCUGUCUCGUCUCUACCCUGACCAUUGGGCCAGAUGAGUCUCAAUCCUGGCCAUCGAAUCUGCAAUCAAGUCAACCAGAAGUGUUGGCUUGUGAGGAGGGACAAGAAGACGAGUCUCUAACACCAGCCCGAGCAACUGACAAUAUCUCAGACGUUCUAUCUGCCAUAGUUCCAGCCCAAAUCUCCCCAACAGCCAGCAACUACGAGUCGUCUGCUUGCAUUAGCGAUCGCCUUGAUCGUGUUGACUCAGCAGAGGCUGGACAUGCUCCUACGUCUGUCUCCGCCUGUCCCACAGAGUCUAUCAUCACCGCGACCACCAUCAAUCCCUCAGCCAGUUUUUCUUUAGGUCUCGUCAUGAGCACUACUGUUAGUCCAGCCAUUGCCAAAAAUUCUCGUCCUCAAACUAAGUCAGCUUUGUGCAAAACCGAUCCGAAGUCCACCCUCGACGCAUCUUCAGCCGUCGCGACCUGCUCCACCGACACAACCAAUGCCACA